AUGCCCCAAUUAGUACCCGUUUACAAUCAGGAAAAGUCUCUGAAGGAGCAGGAUGAUACGGAGCUAAUAAAACAUCGAAAUUGGGACUUCGCCCAUUCCUUAGUGAAAUUGAAAAAGAGGGGCCCCGCAGACGACGGCGAUGCACAUGAUAGCAGCGUACACCUGAGAAAAAGUAACAAUCUAAUGAAAAACGAAAAAGGACUAUGGGUCCCAAAAAAGGGUAUAGCGAGUGAAGAUAAAACCACGAAUGACAAAAAAAGAGAAAAAAAAGGAGAAUCUGAAAAUAAGAAAAAAGAGCAUAUUCGUAAGAAGCGCAACAAAUCGAGUAGUCAAUCUUCCUCCGAUGAUUCGAGGGUAUCCAAAUCGCCAACUCCUUCGCGUGAAUCUUCUCAAAAGAAAAGACGAAGAAAACGAUCCGCCAGAUCAACUUCCAUCAGAAAGGGCGCCAGCAGGGAUUCUUCGAGUGCCCCUUCACAGGAAAGCUCCAAUACCAGCCAAACUAUUGAUUCACAGCUUAGCGAACGCACGAACAGAACAGGUUCCCGCGAAAGUGGCACCAAAAGGUCCAGCAGAAAAAAAAGAGAAGAAAGAAAAAAAAAAAUUCAUAAAAAGAGUAAAAGGGGGAAAAGAGAUGAUGACGACGACGACUAUGAUAGCUAUGAUGAUGGCCGAGCCAAGGAAUACAAAAAAGAAGCAAAGGAGGCAAAAAAGGCAAAGAAGCACCGCACAGAGGGAAAAAAGAAAAAUAAAUCGAAAGGGGAUAACAACGCUAGUGAAGAAGACGACACACAUGAUGCCCAGAAGGGUGGGGAAAAUACCAAUUCACCGAAGAAAAAAAACAGCUGUGAACACAGUGACGUUGACGCAAACGAAAAGGAAUCGAUUUCCUCCGAUAGCGACCUGAGCAAACUUCAAUACAUUGACGUGUCUGAGAAGGUAAAGAGAAGUAGCGAUAAAUACGAUACAAGAGGAUCGGAGGACAGCCAAAGUGAUGAUGGAAAUCGGGAACAUAAAGGGGAUAACCGAGUGAACAGAUGGGAGGACAGACAUGCUCGUACACAUGGACACAGGGGCGGAGGUCGAUACGAACAUACGCACCAUCUUGGGCGUAGCAGCGAUAGCAGCAAGGAGCGAGCCUGGGAAGGAGGGAAAAGUAGCAGAUACGAAUCUCACAGAUAUCACCACAGAAAAGAUGACGACGAUGGGAGAGAAGGGUCCAUACAGUAUCGAAGGAAUUACAGACAUAUGGACAAACAUAGAGACCCGUAUAGAGAAAGGCAUAGAGACAGGGACUGGGAUCGAGAUGGAGGAAGGAAAAGGAAAGAAUUGAAUUUUUCUGACGAGGAGAAUGAAGCCAAUUAUAACCAUAACAGGAAAUAUCACAGAAGACAUUAUAGUCAUCCCAAUGAUGCAGAUGACCAAGGAUAUCAUCACGGACAGAACAGCCAUUUGAAUAAAUGGGAUGGACAUGGAUGGUCAGAAAACAGAAGAGGACGUUACAGAAGAACAGAACUAAGAGACAAUUGCCAUUAUGAAAGGGUUGAGGAAAUCAAAAAUAAAAAUAUCUCACAUUUUGACCAAAGUGAAGAUAAAGUGGAAGAUACAAAUGAUAAACGAAGUGACGUAAAAACUGAGAAGGGGACCAAAUUGGGAAGCGCGGAAAUGUCCGAUAGCGAUGAGGAUGAAAUAUUGGAGACUAAGACAGUGGAAGAAAUUGAUAGGAAGCUUAAGGAAAAGCUUGAGGAGGAGAAAAUUAUGGAAUCGCUGGGGUUGCCCCUAGGGUUUGUUUAA